CGCGUUGUGUCAGUUUUGUCCCAAACAGACACGAAGUUUCUUUUCUCUUUCUCUUUUAUCAGCAAAUCUCUGCCACACCCAAAUCUCGAAUUUUGCAAAAAUGAUGCACAUGACUCUUUACUGGGGCAUUAAGGUCACCCUUCUCUUCGACUCCUGGAAGACCGAUUCGUGGCCCAGUUACCUCCUCACUUUACUCGCUUGCUUUCUAUUUUCCUCCUUUUAUCAAUACAUGGAAGAUCGACGCCUCAGAUUUAAGGUCCUUUCCUCCGCAAAUCCCGCCUCGCCUUCCGUCCCUGGAACCACGGCUACUCCUCUCCUUGUUAAACCUGGUCGAUUCAGCGCCGCCAGGGUUUCCUUGGCAGUGUUGUUCGGAGUGAAUUCGGCUCUGGGAUAUCUAUUGAUGUUGGCGAUCAUGUCAUUUAAUGGAGGUGUAUUCUUGGCUAUCGUUUUGGGGCUUUCUGUUGGAUACUUUUUGUUUAGAUGUGGAGAUGAGGAGGUUGUGGUUGUGGAUAACACUUGUGCCUGCGCUUGAACAUUUUUUUAUUUUAUAAAUUUGUACCAAUUCACAAUAGUAAUUGUUAGAUCUAUACGAAUUACGACUUCUGUGUGAUGAUUCUAAUUUUAUUUUUCCUUUUUUUAAGAUUCAAGAAAGGCGGUGGUGGUCGUUGUUGUUGUGUAAAAUAUAUGAAUUGUGGAUUCCUCCAAUAGAUAUUAUUGGGAGAAAGAGCAACUUUUUUUUGGUUUUGGUACUUUCAGUUGCAAUUGCAAACGAAAAUAAAACCAAGUGAUAAAGAUGACACGAACAGCUGCUGAUUCCAAAUA